AUGCCCAAAGCUUCAGUUCCGAAAGCCAAAACUAAAUCCGAGAAAAAGGUCAGAGCGCCCAGUGCUUGGAACCUUUACAUCAAAGCCAACCUCAGCUCGUGGAAGGACGCUCAUCCAGGUCGUCCCUUCAAGGACGCGAUGGCUGCCUUGAAAGAUCAGUGGCAAGACGCGCCAGAGAAUCCGAACAAGGGUAAACAGGCCAAACCUCGAGCAAAACGUAAUUCAAAGGAUCCUUCAACUUCUUCGGAACCUUCGAGAUCCUCACCUGGCGUCUCAAGUAGCGAUGUGGCUAGUAGCGACGUUUAG